AUGCAGACACACCAAAAUGAACAGGAAGACCGAUCCCCAGAGCUUCAGGCUCUUCCAUCCCAACCACAGAGUGAGGACAGUCAGGAGGAGAGCAGUAAUCUCAUCAGACCCCAAAAACCUCUCAAUCCUUUAACUGCCUCCAAGAGCCACCGGGAGCUCCACAAAGAACUGCGGAUGACCCACAAGAGGAGAGUAUGUCAAGAGGGGAAGACUGAACUCCAGCUAGCUCUAGAAAAGAGGAAAUGGGAACAAAAGGUGAAAGCAAGCAGAGAGCAGGAAGAGAAGAACCGUUCACCGCUUCAUCAAGAGCUGUUGAAAAGACAUCAGAGGCUAGAAAAGCUGGAAAGAAACAAAGGGCAACAGCAAGAUGAGCCAGAGUUCCUCCGAGUCAAAGAGAGACUGAGAAGGACCGCAGUGUUAGAUGCAGGAGAAGAAGAAGCUUGA